AUGGAAGAAAAAAAAAGUUAUAGCUUUGUGACCAAGGUUACCUCAUCAUCCAUAUUAGUAUUAAGUAAAGGCGACGGUGAGCGGAAUCGUUUGCCGUCGGACGCUGUAAGUGAAGGCGACGGUGAGCGGGAUCGUUUACCGUCGGACGCUGUAAGUGAAGGCGACGGUGAGCGGUAUCGUUUGCCGUCGGACGCUGUAAGUGAAGGCGAAGGUGGAUGUGGAUUUUUUCCGGUCGAUUCUUUAAGUAAAGGUGAUGGUGAAAGAGGCAUCUUUCCGGUGGAUCCAUUUACUGAGGCAGAUGGUGAGCAUGUACGCAUGCCAGCGAAUAUUGUAUCUGAAGGAGUUGGGGAACGGGAAUGUUUUUUAACAGACCUACUGGGUGAGGGAGAUGGUGAGCUUGAAACAUUGCCGAAGGAUUCUGUAUCCUCAAGACAUCGCGAACGUUUGUCGGAAAAUCCGGUAUUGGACAGUGAUGAUGAGCGGGAGCGCUCAAUGCUGUACAUCGCAGCUAAAAUUUGUGAUAAAAGAGCAGAAGCUACACAGGUGCAUGUCAUGUUCCACACACCAGCUUUGAACAAAGUUACGACGUAA